ACGAUCGACCGAAUAGUGAUCGGCCGCUUUGCCCAGCCAACUUUCUGUUCCAUUUUGCCGCGUUCUCGGUUGGUUCGGAGUUGCUGGUGAGUGAACUUUCUUCGUAUCUUUCUACUUCCGUGCCCUGAUGUCUUCUUGGCCUUAGAACUGCUACCAUGUCUCUGUGAUGCCGUUCAAGAUCACGAAGCUGUCCAUUGGCACAAUCUCUUCUCGACAUCCACAUGGCAUCCUUCCGCAUGCAGAUCAUAUUCGAGGCUUAGAACAAUGGCGAAACAACAGAAAACUCGAGCCGGCGCGAGAAUUUCGAAAACAUGGAGAAAUUACACUCAUCCGCAAUCACCUCAGGCGAAUGUUUCCAGGAUUCUACGCGAGCGUCAAUACCAUCAAGCAUGCUCUCGCAAACCAUGAUUCACCGGGAUGGACUGAGUUCAGGGAGGAGGUGGAGAAGGAUAGGUGGGACAAGCUGAUCGCUUUGCGUCAGAAGCGAGGAAAAGUGUCGGGGAAGAAUCGACUGCAGGAAGUGAAAACUUCAAUUGGUGGCCAGGCGCCUCAUGUUGCGGUUGCCAACCUCCGAUCCUCUGCAAGCGUACCGGGCCAGACGGCAGACGUGGAACAGGUUUCGCAGGAAGAAACCAGUAUCCCAAAGGAGGCCUCUCAUCCUGAAACUACUGGAGAUGAAUCCGACUUUAGUCAUUCACCGGACCAUCUUCGUGAACUUUUGUCAAAGAUGAAAGUCUCGAACGGUUUUGAUGACAUUAUCACGGAACUGCCUCAAGCAAGGUCAUUUCAGACACCCGAUAUAAGUCAUUAAGCGACUCAAGAGCCUCUCCAGCUAUCCAAAGGCUAAUAAUUCAAACUUGAACAGAGGGGAAUACGGGCACCUCUGAUGAUGUCCUUCGUGGAGCAGUGCAAUGGGUGCUCAGUACUCAGUACUCAUCCACAAGGUAUAUGUUCUAUUAUUGCUCUAACGCUGUCAUCGAUGCUACUGUGGAGUCGAUUGCACGUUCGUCAAUUUGAUCUCCUCAACAAAGUCUACGUCAAGCCGAAUGUGAGCCGGGUUGGAAUCCUAUUCGGACAUGUGGACGUUCGUAGGCUGGGGACAGGAUUGGUUCGGAUCGUGUUGGGUGGCUGUCACAAGUUAUCAUGGAGGCUAUACUAAUCUACGUCCGACCAUGCUGUGACUAGGAAUAACAGCAAGAUAUUUAUUUGUAUGCAGGAUGGUAUGUGACUAGCAGGGGUAUUAUAAAUGUGCAGUGG